GGACCGUCUCACACUCAAGUGUGUGUGUGUGUGUUACUUUUGUCUGGACUGCGAAAUAUUUAGUUAACGGAAUUUGAAACACCGUUUUGAUACAAAUUUUGGCGCUGUAAAUAAUUUGUCUUCUGUGUUUUGUUAUCUGAAGAAUAUAUGGAGAUAAAGUCGAUGUGAUUUGAAGUGCUUGCUCGAUACAUCGCGCGGUGACUGUCAUCUACAGAAGUUUACGGCGAUCAGCGCGUGUUUUAAAAAGUGUCGAGUGAAAAUACAUGACGUCAGAGCGUUCAGGAAUACAAUUGCGCGUGAUAAUUAAACCUAUUCAAUUCGCUGGAUCCGGUGUUGAGUGCAUGAGGAUUUCUGAUGUGGUGCCCAGUGUACAUGGGUAUGAUUUGUCUGGAGUGUUUUAGCAGGAUGUAAGCAUGAUCUUUUAUCUAUUAGUCGCGAGGAACAGAUUUAUGAACGUUUUCAGCGUUUGAUUGAAGAACCAGUGAGCUUUAAUAGGGACAUCAUGAAACUCUUUUGGAUUGUUUUCUUCGUUUUUGACAUUAUUUUCAUAACAGACUGCGCUAGAGGUCCUCCACGUGUAGCCGAGAAGAUUGCCCACCGUCAGACCGUCAGAAUUGGACGCACCAUGAAACUUCAGUGUCCUGUGGAGGGCGAUCCGCCGCCCCUCAUCAUGUGGACCAAAGACGGACGAAACAUCCACAGUGGUUGGAUGCGCUUCAGGGUCCUUCAGCAAGCCCUGCGCAUCAAAGAGGUGGAGGCAGAGGAUGCUGGGACCUUCAUUUGUAAAGCCACCAAUGGCUUUGGCAGUGUCAACAUUAACUACACCCUCAUCGUCAUCGAUGACUCCAGUGCUGGGAGGGAAGGUGUCAAACCAGCUGGUGAAACAGAGUACUCCAGUGACCUGACAGGAAAACUGGUGCGUCCCCGCUUCACACAGCCGGCCAAAAUGAGAAAGCGCGUUAUUGCACGGCCGGUGGGUAGCUCAGUAAGGCUUAAGUGCACCGCAAGCGGCAACCCCAGACCUGACAUCAUCUGGCUGAAGGACAGCAGGCCUCUGACGCCCGAGGAGGUGGGCGAGGGCCGGAAGAAGAAAUGGACUCUCAGUCUGAAGAACCUUACGCCUGAACACAGUGGCAAAUACACGUGUCACGUGUCCAACCGUGCUGGGGAGAUCAACGCCACUUAUAAAGUGGAAGUCAUCCAGCGCACAAAUUCCAAGCCCAUCUUGACGGGCACUCAUCCAGUAAAUACUACAGUAGACUACGGUGGCACCACGUCUUUUCAAUGCAAGGUGCGCAGUGACGUCAAGCCAGUUAUCCAGUGGUUGAAGAGGGUCGAACCAGGCGGUGAGAGCAAGUACAACUCCACUAUUGAGGUCGGAGACCAUCGCUUCAUUGUGUUGCCCACAGGUGAAGUGUGGUCACGACCAGACGGCUCCUAUUUGAACAAGCUACUCAUCACUCGAGCCAAAGAGGAGGACGCUGGCAUGUACAUCUGCCUGGGGGCCAAUACCAUGGGCUACAGCUUCCGCAGUGCCUUCCUUACUGUGCUGCCUGACCCAAAGCCGCCAUUCUCUCCAAUCCCGUCUGUUUUGCCUCCCAGUCUUCCCUGGCCCGUCAUCAUCGGCAUCCCCGCAGGAGUGGUCUUUAUUCUGGGUACCGUCCUGCUCUGGUUCUGCCAGUCCAGAAAGCACUGUUCCUCAGGAGCCAUAAUCUCAGCCCAGACCUUACCCAAUGGCCACCGGCAGCCCCCCAGAGACAGGGCGCUCACAGCUGCCGAUAAAGACUGCAUCGGCUCCGUCACCUAUGAGGAGUAUUUGGCUCAGCAGCAGCAACAACAGCUUCUGCUGGCUCAAGCUGCUCCCAAAGUCUAUCCAAAGAUCUACUCAGACAUUCACACACAUACCCACUCGCACGUGGACGGCAAAAUUCACCAGCAUCAGCACAUCCACUACCAAUGUUAGCAUGUACCGAGGCCUUCAUGCUUUUACAGUCCGCUGUUUUUUUUCUUCACAUCUUCAGUCUUUGGACCCAACAUGGCAUUUUGCCGCCAAAAUACGGCAGUGUGUUAGCCACAGCCUCAAACAAACAUUUCUGCUCAAAUUCUACAGAAUGGAAAAACAAUUGAGCUAUGUUGUUGCAGUCUAACCAGUCCCUUUAUGAACAGUGGGGUGGGAAAGGGAAAGGGUAAGGCUAACGAAAAACAUUAUGAUAUUUGAAACACUGCUGACAGAGCAAACACUUUCGCAGAUUUGUAUGGGACAAAACACAACAAUGCAUUGUCUCUUCGAUACGUAUCUGCUUUCAAACUGUGAAAUGCAACAAUAUUUUAAUACGAUUUUUCAAUAAGUCCAUUGUGGACGGGGCCAAAACAAUUUUUUUGGAUUAGCACCAAAUCUCAGUGAAACAUUUGUUUGCAUGUCCAAAAAUAUUAUUUUUGCAGAUAUUGAGAGAUCCAUUUACAGAGUAUUUAGUUACAUCCGAUUGAAUGCAUGAGAGCGUAUGUUGAUGUCGUUUUUGCAGGUAUGGUCUACCUUGUUUCGACUUUAAGAAAUUGUGAAGGUUCAGUCAAUCUAGUCUAAUUGUAUCUUUAAUGGAAAAAGAGAAUAUUAAUGAACUUUGGUUAUAUUGUAACUAAAGAUACAAUGAGACUUUGGCAUUGCACGUUCUGGCAAGGGGUUCCUUGUGUUUUUCAUUAACUUGUACUUUUCUUUUCAGGGCCUGCUCUGAAUAACCUGAGGUACCGCAAUCCCAUACCGCAAUCCCAUAGUUGCUUUAUGGCAGGGGUGCCCAUCCCUGUUCCUGGAGAUCUACCUACCUGCAAAGUUUAGCUCCAACCUUGAUAAAACACGCCUGAAUCAGCUAAUUAAGAUCUCCAGGAGCACUUGAUAAUUACAGACAGGUGUGUUGAGCAGGACUGGAGCUGAAGUCUGCAGGAAGGUAGAUCUCCAGGAAAAGGGUUGGGCACCCCUGCUCUAUGGCCUUGUUUUUCAUGUGUGUGGGAGGGGAGUUGUAUUUUCAUAAGCUUGACCACUAUAAUGAAUACUGUGUAAAAUGCCUUUGACUGCUCAUGUAAUGGCUGCCCUUUUAAUAUUUACAGAAAUGAGUCAGAGUUUCAAAAACAAACAUUAGACUGAAACUCAGACGUAUUGUGCAUUGUCCGUGCAUGUGUUUACCGUGAUGAUCAUGGUAAUGGGUCAAUGCUGAAAGGACUGAGGGAAUACAGGAAUGCACUUAACCCAGACAUCUGACAACAACAACAAAACCUUUUGAAAUUCAUUGCCCCUGUUAUUUUAUCAAAGUCAGCCAAACGAGGGAAGUGAUUCUAAAAUAGUUAAUUUAUUUGUAAGCAAUGAUUUGAUGCUUUGAAUUGGGCAUAAUCUAGAUGUUUUAAACCAAAUAUGAGUAUACAUAGCAUUGUCUUCCCUUAGCUGCAGUGUAAGCUAUGUAGCAUAUAUCAAGUGUUAAAUAUUUAUAUGCGCUGUUGAAAAAAUAACACAACGGUCGUAAUUAGUUAUCUCUGUAUGGACAAUCUUGCACAGUCUGGCCUGUUUUUAUGUUUAAAAAAAUAUAUAUGUUUGUCACAUUGAAACAUUAAAAUCUUUUUAUCAUUAUCAUAAAAUGAUAAAGCUCUUGUUCAACAGGUACGAAAA